AUGUGUUUGUGUAUCUACGCCGCAGCAAGUCUCCGAGUCCCUCUUGGAGAGAAGGAUCUGCCGCUGAAGAAGUGGCGGCGCCAAGAAGUGCCACUGAAGCGCCGCCACCGCGUAGAGCUGCGCCUCUGCUUUCUGCACACGCCCAAGGCAAGAUGGCUGAAGAAGCCCCAAGGACCCCUCAAAGCCCAUCGGUGCCUGGGAGGAGACGAAACCUCCCAAUGGAAGAGUUGGCAAAAGAGCCCACAGCAGAAGCAGGAGCUGUGUGUGCCUCAGCCCUUCCAUGCCGAUUCACCAGCCUACUGUAACGCCUGCUUGAUGAGGCUAGACUCGGAGGAGAAAGAGGCUCUGGAUUACAUCGAAGCCUUUCUCACGAGCAAUGAACAGGACGAGGCCAAGAAACUCAAGUUCUUGGAUUCCAUCAGCACCCUCAGAAGCCUGCCUGCUUUUAUGAACAAAGCCCUGCUAGUGGAGAAGAUAAAGGAGCUGAUUGAUCACGAGUCCGUCGACUCCCUGACCGGCGUGAUGCGUCAGCAAGCUAUGCUCGCCAUCAUGAAGCUGAGCAAAAUGAAGCUACCGCUGCUGGUCCUGACACAACCCAGCCUGCUCGCCACCUGCUUCUCCAGCAUCUUCUCCCUGCCUCCAGCACACACCAUGGAGGAGGUGGAGGCUGCUCUCUACACCAAAACUUUGAAAACCAUGGAUGAGAUGCUGAAGGCCUUGGUGUGCGAGGAUCAGGAGCCCAACCUUCUGGUGCUGCAAAUCAUCUUGAAGGUCCUGCUCCCCUGGACCACAUCCAAGGAGGUACAUGAGCGGCUGAGGGCAGUGGGAAGGAUCAGGUGGCUGAUGGAAUUCCUGGGGUCUCAGUGCAAAUUCCAGUUGAGCAGCCUGUGACCCUGGCCACUUCCU